AUUUCCAGAGGGACACACACAGCACAUUCACACUGAAGACUGUCAGUGUUGGCUUGAGGAGUUGGUGCCUUUAUAAUCUUUAGGAACUUAAUAGAUUUUACUUCACUUUAGUCUUUAAAGUAUUAGUGUUGCUGGGGUGAAGAACUGUAGUCUUCCAUAGUUACUACAUUAUCAAUCUUUCAAAAAUAAAAAAUGAAGUCAAACAGAAAGGUGGCUGUAGGACAUCGCUCUCUCAGCUCUUUCGAAGCAAUGCUCUCGGCUCUCUUCAUUAUUCUUAUUGCCCUCUGUGCUGGGUUAAUUGCAGUGUCCUGGCUGGCAAUCAAGGAUUCAGAAACAGAUGCAUCCCUUGGAAAAAGUCAUGAAGUCAGAGGGACAUUUAAAAUAACAUCUGGAGUGACAUAUAAUCCUAAUUUACAAGACAGACUCUCCGUGGAUUUCAAAGUUCUUGCUUUUGACCUUCAGCAAAUGAUAGAUGAGAUCUUUGAAUCAAGUAAUCUGAAGAAUGAAUAUAAGAAAUCGAUGGUUUUUCAAUUUGAAAAUGGCAGCGUUAUAGUCCUUUUUGACCUUUUUUUUGCUCAGUGGGUGUCAGAUGAAAAUGUAAAAGAAGAGCUGAUUCAAGGCAUUGAAGCAAAUGUAUCCAGCCAGCUGGUCAUUCUCCAUAUUGACUUGAACAGCGUUGAAAUCACAGCAUCACCUGAUAACUUGUCAACAGCAGUCCCUGUAACAACUUCAGAUAAGCAGACAACCAGCAGUUCCACGACAACUUCAGCUUCUGUGGGUAACUUCUCAACAGCAAUUGCUGCAACUUCAGGCAAUGUCCAAGUAGAUUGUCAACCUGGCUCACGGCCCUGUGCUAACACUUGGAAUUGUAUAGCAAUUGAUUUAUUUUGUGAUGGAGAAGUGAAUUGUCCAGACGGUUCAGAUGAAGACACAGGACUAUGUGCCACAGCUUGUGAUGGAAGAUUUUUGCUGAUGGAAAAUUCUGGGUCUUUCCAAGCUGAUCGUUACCCGAGGCCAGGCGGGUCAGAUGUUGCUUGCCGCUGGAUCAUCCGUGUAAACCAAGGACUUUCCAUUAGAAUCAGCUUUGGAUCUUUUAUUUCAUUUUAUGCAGAUGUGUUAGAUAUUUAUGAAGGUGCAGGACCCAGCAAAAUAUUAAGAGCCUCUUUUGCAGAAACUCAUCCUGGAACAAUUCGAAUUUUCUCCAACCUAGUUACAGUCACUUUUCUGAUACAAUCUGAUGAAAGCGACUACAUUGGCUUCAAUGCCACCUAUGGCACCUUUAACAGCAGCACCCUUAGCAAUUAUGAGAAAAUCAACUGUACUUUUGAUGAUGGCUUUUGCUUCUGGAUCCAGGAUCUUGAUGAUGACAAUGAGUGGGAAAGGAUCCAGGGACCACAGUUUCCUCUCUUCCCUGGACCACCUUUUGACCACACAUUUGCAAAUGACUCAGGAUUUUACAUUUCCACACCAACUGAUCAAGGAUGGAGAGCGGAAAGAAUGGGGCUUUCAAGCCUCUAUUUAGAGCUCACUUCAGAGCCUGUCUGCCUUCAUUUCUGGUAUUACAUGUGUUGUGAAAAUGUUUACAACCUGAGCAUUCAUGUCAGCAGCAAUGAAACCACAGACAAGACAGUUUUUCAAAGGACAGGAAAUUAUGGGAUGAAUUGGAAUUACGGUCAAGUCACAAUAAAUGAAACAGUGGAAUUUAAGGUUGUGUUCAAUGCUUUUAGAAACCGAGGUUGGAGUACAAUAGCCCUGGAUGACAUAAGCCUAACAAAUGGAAUUUGUAGUGAGAGUAUUUAUCCAGAACCAACUUUGGUUCCCACCCUUCCACCAGAGCUUCCUACCGACUGCGGAGGACCUUUUGAACUAUGGGAGCCAAAUACAACAUUCAGUUCUCCAAACUUUCCAGAUGUCUACCCUAAUCAAGCUUUCUGUGUAUGGAAUUUAAAUGCACAAAAGGGAAGAAAUAUUCAACUUCACUUUCAAGAUUUUGAUUUAGAAAAUAUCAAUGAUGUGGUUGAAGUGAGAGAUGGAGGAGAAGUUGACUCCUUGCUCUUAGCUGUGUACACAGGACCUGGCCCCGUAAAGGAUGUGUUUUCUACCACCAACAGAAUGACUGUGCUUUUCAUCACAAACACAAUGAGUACAAGCACUGGCUUCAAAGCAAAUUUCACUACUGGAUAUUACUUGGGGAUUCCAGAACCAUGCCAGGAUGGGGAAUUUCAGUGUAAGGAUGGAAAGUGCAUUCCAGUGGGGAAUCUCUGUGAUGGACACACACACUGUACUGACGGCUCUGAUGAAGAACAUUGUGUACGUUUUCUCAAUGGCACAACGAACAACAGUGGUUUGGUACAGUUCAAAAUAAACAGCGUCUGGCAUGUAGCUUGUGCUGAGAACUGGACUACACAAAUUUCAAAUGAAGUUUGUCAUCUCCUGGAACUAGGGAGUGCAAACUCAUCAAUGCCAACAUUAUCUACUGGAGAGGGACCAUUUGUGACUUUAAACAGAGCCCCUAAUGGCACCUUAACAGUCACCCCCAGUCUACGGUGUUCACAAGAUUUAUUGACUCUGUUACAUUGUAACUAUAAAUCGUGUGGAGAGAAAAUGGUGAGCCACAAAGCCAACCCGAAGAUCGUUGGUGGAAGUGACGCAAAAGCAGGGGCGUGGCCCUGGGUUGUGGCUCUGUAUUACAGAGACAGCUACACAGACCGGCUGCUCUGUGGUGCGUCUCUCGUCAGCCCUGAAUGGCUGGUGUCUGCUGCGCACUGCGUAUACGGAAGAAAUGUAGAUCCAACAAGAUGGACGGCAUUCCUCGGCCUGAAUAUGCAGUCAAAUCUGACUUCUCCUCAAGUAGAAAGACGGGUGAUUGAUCAAAUUGUCAUAAACCCUCAUUAUGAUAAACGAAGAAAGUUCAAUGACAUUGCUAUGAUGCACCUUGAGUUCAAAGUGAAUUACACAGAUUAUAUACAGCCUAUUUGUUUACCAGAAGAAAAUCAAAUAUUCAUUCCUGGGAGAAUUUGUUCAAUUGCUGGCUGGGGUUAUACUGAAAUUCAAGGUUCUACUUCUGAUGUACUGAAAGAAGCUGAUGUCCCUCUUGUAUCCAAUGAGAAGUGCCAGCAACAGCUGCCAGAAUACAACAUCACUGAAAAUAUGAUAUGUGCAGGGUAUGAAGAAGGAGGCAUAGACUCAUGUCAGGGUGAUUCGGGAGGACCGUUAAUGUGCCAAGAAAACAACAGGUGGUCUCUGGUUGGUGUGACAUCAUUUGGAGUUCAGUGUGCGCUGCCUAAUCGCCCUGGAGUGUAUGCCCGGGUCUCAGGGUUCACAGAGUGGAUACAAAGUUUUCUACGUUAGACAUUUUUCUGAUCCCAAAAGGAAAGUUCGGUAGUUUUUGUUUGUUUGUUUGUUUUUUCUUUUUACUUAAAGUAGCAUGACAACUGAGAGUUUCAUGACACAGAAAAAAAAGCUUUUCUUCUAAACUGAAUCAUUUAAAUAUUGGGAUAGGGAAGAAAGACAAAACAAAUUCAAUCAAUCUUUGCAGCAUGAAGUAACUGUAAAAUGCAUUUUUGUUUCAUAAUAAACAAUUAUCUUAUAGACAUCA